AUGCCGCUGUACAUCGUAAGCGACAAUGGGAAGCACUUCGCGGAAAAACCGUUCAAGACCUGGUGCGAAAGAAUGCACAUUGAACAAAAUUUCACUUCGGUCGCCCAUCCCCUGGCUAACGGACAAGUAGAAAGAGCCAACCGCAGCAUCGUGGAGGGUAUUAAAAAACGUCUGGGGAAGGAAGGAGUCUCCUGGGUAGACAAACUCUCGCACGUCCUAUGGGCGCACCGGACGAUGCCAAAGAAAAGCACAAGGGAGACCCCCUUCAGUUUAACGUACGGCUCGGAGGCAGUCAUACCCACCGAAGUUGGCGUUCCUGCCCCCCGCAUGCGACAAAGUCAAGAAGAGAAUGAGCAACAACUCCGUCUGAACCUUGACCUAGCCGAGGAGCGAAGAGAACUCGCGGCCAUCCGAGAAGCAAAGUACAAAAAAGAGUUGGAAAAACACUAUAACUCAAAAGUAAAAGAGGUCUGGUUUAAAGAAGGGGAUUACGUCAUGCGAAGGAACGAUGCUAGCCUGGCCAAGGGUACGGGAAAGAUGGCUCCGAAAAAACAGUGCCUACACGCUCACCAAGAUGGAUGGAACUCCCGUUCGUCGUACCUGGAACGGGAUGCACCUCAAAAAGUGCUUCCUUUGAAGAAAUUUUGA